UGGGUGUGUACUCUUCUUUUUAAAUGCCAGCCGCUCUCAGUUUGCAUCUUUCACCAGUUGGGUUUCCCUCCUCCUGCAGGCAACAUGGCUUCUGACGGCGCUGCGGCCCCUCUCGGCUCCAUCGACAACCCGGUGAAGUUCCAGAACCAGGACUUCGACGCUCUGCUGCAGGAGUGUCUGAAGGACAAGAAGCUGUUUGUUGACCCCACAUUUCCUGCUGAGCAGAAGUCCAUCGGGAUGCCCAAAGAUCCAAACCCAGCGAAGGAGAUCAAAUGGAAGCGACCCAAGGAAAUCAGUGCAGAUGCCUUAUUUGUGGAGGACACCAUUGGGACCACAGAUAUCUGUCAGGGCCAACUAGGUAACUGCUGGCUGCUGGCUGCCCUCUCCGCGCUCACCGUCCAUUCGAAGCUCUUUGCUAAGGUGGUUCCCCCCAACCAGAGCCUGUCGGACUCGUACGCAGGGAUCUUCCAUUUCAAGUUCUGGCAGUAUGGUGAGUGGGUGGAGGUGGUUGUGGACGACAGGCUGCCAGUGCGCGACGGCCGUCUGCUCUUCAGCUACUCUCGCACCCGCAACGAGUUCUGGAGCGCCCUGGUGGAGAAGGCCUAUGCCAAGUUGGUGGGGUCCUACGGGAGCCUGAAGGGCGGCAACAUCUCGGAGGGCAUGGAGGACUUCACGGGAGGCAUCGCGUACUCUCUUCCUGUCACGUCCCGCACCCCUCCGGUCCUCUGGAGGAUCCUGACCGCCGCUCUGUCCAGAGGCAGCCUGCUCAGCUGCUUCAUCCAGGCCUCGAGCUACAGCGAGGUCGGCAAGGUGACGGCGGACGGGCUGGUAAAGGGCCACGCCUACGCCAUCACGGACACAGACAAGGUAGCAAGAGGAUCGGAGGAGGUUCUGCUGCUGAAGCUGAGGAACCCGUGGGGCUUUGUUGAGUUCUGCGGCUCCUGGAGUGACAAGUGCAAGGAGUGGGAGGACAUGGAGAAGUCGGAGAAGCAGCGGCUCGAGCUCAAGUUGGAAGAAGACGGGGAGUUCUGGAUCAGCGCCCGUGACUUCAGCACGAUGUUUAACAUUGUGGAGCUCUGCAGUGUGAGUCCAGACUCUCUGGAGGACGGAGACGCGUCCACCGGCCAGUCUACCUGGACCAUCAGCGAACACAAGGGCUCCUGGCUACCGGGAAGCUCCGCUGGCGGCAGCCGCAAAUACAACAAGUCCUUCUGGAAGAACCCCCAGUUCGAGUUGGUGCUCAGAGAGCAGGACCAGGAAGAUGACGAUGAGGAAGAAGAGGAGGACGACAACGACGAGGACGAGGUCGACAAGGGCGACGAGGUUCUGAAAGAGAAGAACAAAACUGAGACGCAGAAGCAGAAAGCGAAGCACUGCACAGUGCUGGUGGAGCUGCUGCAGAAAAACCGCCGGCAGAAUGACAAGAUCAACUUCCUGCACAUCGCUUUCCACGUCUACAAGGUCCCUCCUGAGAUGCAGGGCGCCUGCCUGGACCGCAGCUUCUUCAUGAAAAACCGUCCAGUGGGUCGUUCUGGUUCAUACAAGGCCCAGAGGGGCGUCUGGAGGAAGCUGCGUCUGGAUCCGGGUCACUACGUCAUCGUUGGAUCCACUUAUCGGCCCAACCAGCCGGCAGAGUUCUUCAUUCGCAUUUUCUCCAAAACAAGAAACACUCUUGGGGUUCAGGACUUUACCUGCUCCUCUGACUACCUACCAGUUAUGGCCGCUCCUGUCCUCCCCGAGGACCAAACCAAAGUUGAGAAGACUUUUGAUGAGAAGGCCGGCCCAGAUGACAGGCUGAACGCUCAAGAGAUCAUGAAGCUGAUCAACUCAGUGUUUGACAAAAGUUGCCACCUGCCUAUGGAGACGUGCAGGCAGAUCAUCUUCGGAGAGGAUACCGAGGGGCGCUCCACCCUCAGUCGUGAACAAGCCGAGACCGUGCUGGCUGAUCUGCGCGCUCUGCAGUCCAUCUUUGUUCAGUUCGACGAGGACUCUUCUGGAAGCAUCAGCCCCUUCGAGCUCAGCUUGGCACUGGAAGCAGUCGGAAUGAAGUGCGACAGCAAGGUGGUCCAGCUCCUUUCUGAGCGCUUUCUGAGCGGAGAGCCUCACCUGUCCUUCUGUGGCUUCGUCUCCUGCAUCUCCAGGCUGCGCAAACUCUUCGCUCUGUUUGAGUCCGAGACGAGCCCAGAGGUGAAAGACAGAGGCAUCAACUCCUGGCUGCUUCAGUUUCUGGUUCUGUAAAGGAGCAGCACGAAGACGAGCUACAGGUGGAGCGAGACGAGCCGUCUAGCGCUCGCUCGCUCUCUGUUAUGGGGAUCAUGGUGCGAAUCCAGCUGAUGAAGCACAACUGUUUAGUGAAAU